AUGUCGUUGAGAGAGGUUGCUUUACCUGCGAAGGGUGUGGCGGAUCGCCGCCCGUCGGGGCCAGCUCGGGCGACUGAGCUGAUCCCGGUGGCGGCCCCAUCCGGCCCCCCACUUAUGACGAACCGGCUUACGACAACUGACCACGACAGGAAUGACUCUUCGGAUUCUGAUGUGCUCUCUCGUGAUCGAGUGUUCAUCCUUAUGAACAAACUCGCUCACGGGGGUUCCUACCCGGGUCGAAAGGACGACGAGGCGACUAUACUCGCCUUCUGUCACAUUCGGAAGGGUGCCACUCUGCCGUACACGAGGCAGCAAGUGUCGGGUGUGCCACCGAGAGCCCCGCCGGUUGAAUCGCGCGAGUCUGCGGUCCCGGCGGUGGCGGCCUCGGCGGGAGUUGCGCCGCUGGCCUCGACCGCUGAAGAGGUCGAUGUGCCCCCGGCUGCACCCCUGGUCUCCGAGACACGAGAAGAGCCCGUGGCUACGCUAGCUGCGGCCGCCGAGAUGCAGGAUAUCGACCUGCCUGACGCAAAUUUGGCUGAGGCCAUUGCCGAGUCAGAGCGCCGUGACACUGACUCUGACGCUGCCCGUGCGCCCAGAAAGCGCCGGGCUAUGACGCAUGACGACUCCGACACUCCCUCUCAGACGUCCGACACAGCGAGGCCGCGGAAGAAGGCCUCGAGGGCUUCCCGCCCUUCCACCACGGAGUCUGGGACGACUAUCGCGGGCUCCUCCGCGAGCGCCGCCUCGCCGAGACCGACGAAGACGCGGCGGCCCACUCGUCCACCUGCCACCUCCCGGCAGCCGGAUGAGGAUGGUUUUGUCGCCCCUCCCAGGCGGCGCACUGCCAGGGCUGCUGCGCUGCAGCAACCGACGCCGCUGCCGACCGCCAACGCGGGGGCCAGUGUGGACGCGACUGAAGAUGGUGCCGCGCCUCCUGUGUCGGCCCAAAAGAAGCCCCCGCCCAUCGUCAUCCAAUGGGCGGGAGGGUACAAGGAGUUCCAGCAAAAACUAGACAGGGCGGCCACGUCCGCCACUGUCAAGACUGCUGGCCGUGACCUCUACAAGGUCACGGUGUCCUCCAACGAGGAGUACCGCGCGGUGAUGGACACCAUCUCCAGAGAUGGCCUCCCGGGCCGAAACCACCGGAGCGGAGGGGCUGCUCCCUCUCGUCAGGUGCACCCAUCCACCAGCUUUGCUGCCGCCACCAAGGGCGGACCAUCAACCGCCACCGCCCGACGUUCGGAACUGGCGGCGGGCGAGACGAGGCACCCGGCCGCGCCGUCCCCGGCUUCGCCCGGGGGGGAGGCCAACCCAACACCCACGCGGAGCGCGUGGGUUGCCGCCCCGCGCAGGCGUCGCCGGCGCGCGGGCCGGGCCACCCAUGCCGCUGCACGCCGGACUGCCGAUGACACACUGCCGCAACAGACGACAGCACCUCGUGCUACGCCGCAACCGGCUGCCGACGCUUCGCGGCAGUCGUCUACUACGGAGUUGCCGCAACCGGCCUCCCCAGUGGCGGAGGCCGCCCCAGCGGCCAACGCCGCCCCCUCGGCCACCGAUGCAGCCGAGCUCCCUGCAGAAGGAAGUGCUGCGUCCCCCGGCGGCGAACUGCCGCCGUCGCAGCCUACACUGGACGUCACAACUGGGCGAUGCGGCAUCGAUUCAGGAAUCGAUGAAGCCGCCCUUAGGGAGUUAGAUAGGGCAAAUGGCGCGUCAGGGCCCCCUUCACGUGGGACCAGCCCGCGCGCGCCGAGGCAAAGGCAGUGUUCCACGAGUGUCCCCCGCCCCUCGCCCGCCCCACUCGAUAUGCCAGACAUUUCCGAUGCCGUCUGCGUCUCUGAGUCGGACAGUGACUCCGUCACUGGCUACAUCGACGACAGCGACAUCGCGGAGGGCCUAGAGGAGAGUCUUAUCGCCCUCCGCGACGCCGCGGAAGAGGAGGGACUGCCCUGUGACCCCGCUCUGCGGGCGCGGAUUCUCUUCCCUAACGCCGCUGCCGCUGACGCCGACGGCGACGCCAUGCAAUGCGAGAUGGAGUCGCGUAAGAGGAAACCAGCGGCCGCCUCUUCCGACUCCGAAGCUGCCCCCUCCGAGGCCGCUCGUGGGAAGAAGCAGAAGGCCGCCGCCGACGCUGAGGGCUUCGCCGUCCCCAGGAAGACGGCACCCCCGCCGCCGCAUUGUCAAGACGUGCGCACUCUGCGCUGUCUUAUAAAUGCCCCCAAAGACCCAAAGUGGUAA